UUUGUUACUUCACGAAUGUGCUCCGAAGCUCGAUCAACCGGGCACCAGGAGAUCUCGGGAAAUACGUUCUUUCUGGACAUAGUACGAGGUCAGACUCGAACCGUUGGGAAUGACCUGCAGAGAUUGGGUGGGACAGUGGAAAAGUUCCUCAGCAAAGAGAUCGACUACAUCAUCACCAAUGGAAAUGUAUCUACACCACGGAAAACACGAGCAUCCAGACCGUCCAGUGCACCUGUGGGAAAGAGCAAAGGAACUGAGCCUGAGCCUGAAGUCCGCUCUUAUGCAGUUGGUGUAGCAGCAAAGUGGGGAAUUCAAGUACUUAGUUUAGAAGAUUUGAAACAGUGGAUUGCAAGACAAAAAGCAGCAGCAGCAUCAUCUUUACUCCGUCCAUCCAGCAAGGCAGGUCGAGUUGCUCCGUCUUGUCAGCUCAGAGAAAACUUCAUCAAAUUGGAAGAUAAAUCAAAGAAGUAUCAACCGACGGUCAAGCGUCCAUCCACGUGGCCAAGGCCAGACUUCACUGCGUCCACUGGAUCCCCGUUCACCACGGAUGCCUAUAGUCCCCCAAAGACCCGGUCAGCGGGUCGCUUGACCAACGCCCGUAAAAAGCCUGCAGCCAGGGGCAGUGUGUCGCCACAAAGAAAGACGAGGCAGACGCGCCAGGUAGCCGCCACCAGAAGAUCAGCCCCGCCCUCACCAGUUAAACCGUCACCCAGAGGAAGAUCCCCUCGUGUAACCAGGGUAACCAGAGGACCAAUUGUCACCUUCCAACUGGCCAAGAUCCCUCCGGCAUCUGAAGUUAUCCCAAAAGUCAAGCCAUUCAAGAAGGUCAAUGUUACGUUGAGGAAAGUGACACGACAGCUAGACUUUGAUGAUGUCAUUAUCCCUUCCCCUGUCAGCACUACUAAGACUAAGGUCAUGAGGGUAUCUAAGAAAGUCGCUAUACUCAAGGACCUUCAAGAUCGUCUUGAUGGCAUCACCGAUGAAUCCCCCGUCAAGACGACACCCAGACGCCAGCAGCCAGCCAGAAGGCGUAGGAAGGGCUCCACCUCCCCCAGACCCGUCACAGUCGCACGGCUUGCUCGUCAGCUCAAGAAAGAACUGCACCAGACCUCCCCAGAGAUCUCUCCCAUGCCCCUCAGAAACGGCAAGAUGAAAUUUGGGGCCUAUUGAUGGAUGUUUGAAAAUGAAGAUGAACAUUAACAGAGCUGCCAACUAGUACGAUUUUAUUGUAUUUCGUACAAUUUUUAGAAUUAAAUAUGACAGUAUGAUUUUUCCUCAAUAAGGACAAAAAUUCAAUGGCAAAAUGCCCAUUGUCUCCUGUAAAGUCUCCUACAAGCAUCUCACAUCAGCAAUUUGGGGAUGUUCAUUGGUUUAUCGAAAACACCAGUCAUGACCAAAUCAUGCAUAUUCAACCAAUGGUCCUUAAAAAAAUUCUUCCUGUAUGUAGGAACUUAUGCAAAUUGGUUAGAAAGUAUUUAUUGAUCAAAAGUAGGAUUUUUUUUGGGGAAAAGAAUAGGAUUUUUGUUUCAGUUGGGGUUGGCAGCUCUGCAUUCACAAAUCUACCUGAUCAAUAAAGAAAUACCACCUUGAGUAUUCAUGCAUUGCAAUUGUAUGUUGUAAAUAAUAACUGGAAUAUGUAUUCAAACAAUAGCUUGAAAAGCCAUGGAAUUAACAUUCUCUGUGCAGUCGAUAUAUGAUUGAAAUCAUCAAAAUAGUGCCAUCAUGUGCUUUCAUGCCAUGCAAUUAUAUGAGUAAAACUUUGUUAUAAUAUGAUUGCAAAUUUAGAGUAACAGCCAAUAUGAAAGUGUGUUUCCAAGAUAUAUGUUUAGCUAUCAAUUUUCUCCUUCCAAAAUGUGAACUGAAGUUUGAAGAAAAAAAAGAAUAUUCAUGAAAUGAAAUACAAUGUCCUUGAAAUUAAGAACAAGAAGAGAUUUUAUUUUACAUAAGCUGAUUCAAGUUUUAAUGUUUAGUUAUUAUUCUUUGCAUAUCUUGGAUAAGUAAUGAAUGAAAAAGAAUGAAUCAUUUUACAGAAUAAUAAUGUUUGUAUAUUUGUUGGUAGCAACUUUGAUGACUAGAGUACAUCUGAAUUGAUUUUGAUAUAUUUUUUUUAAUAUGAUUUCUACAGUAUUACCUUUGCCAAAUAAAAGAAUAUGUAAAUUUAUAAGAAAUGUUAAAUAUUUUACUUUGAAUUUGUUAUUUACUUUUGUUGCAAUAGAUAUUAUAUUCCAAAUGUGAAUGAAAUAAUGUUUAUUUAACUCAAUCUUGUACAAAUCAUAAUUUGUUCUGAUAGAUCAAGAAUCAGAAGGGCAUUAUUAUUGACUUAAAGCCCUUCCGGCUCUCAACAGACAGCAUCUCACUAAUUUGAUUGAUUGAUUGAUUGAUUGAUUGAUUGAUCGAGUGGUCAAUUAUAUAUUUACUUGAUUGCUUGAUUAAUUAGCUAAUAUGUAACUUGAAGCCACAAAAGCAAGCAUAUAAUCUUACGGUCAACAACUAAAUUAUUCGUAACCUUACCAAGUUUUGUAAUUAUUUUUAAGUGUGUGAAAAAAGAAUUGUCAUGAUUUAUGUUUCUUGAGAAUGUGGGAUAUUAAAGCUUACAUCUAAAAGUAUAUAUUCAACAAAAGUCCUAUAACUCAGCUGGUCCGCCUUUCAUUCUGGAGUUAAUACAAAAAAACACAAAAAUUCAAAUUUGUAUGGGGUAUGAAUAAUUUAGUUAACUGUAUGCACAUUCUAUAAGAUCGCUCUAUAUACUGUACGUCAAAUGAGUACAUAAUUACAAAUGAAUACCCUAUACCAAGACCGAAAUGAUUUUGAAUUCCUGUCCAAGUACUGGUAUCCAUCUGGAGACAUAAUAUAGGCAAACCUACAAAACAUAUGUCCAGUUCCUGGAAAGCUCUAUUGCUCAGUUCUUUCCAAACUUGAAGCCUGACUGUGAACAUACCUUGUGACCUUCUUUUGCUGCAAUAUUGUGCUUCCAUUUGCCAAUUGGUAGAAAAUAUUACUACCAGUAUUUAUUUAGACACUCGUACAUCAUUGAACAUGCACUCAUAUAUCAUUAAACAAUGCCAGUUGCCUUUUUGUUCCUGUUGUAUUGAAUUUAUAUUAUGAGUUUGUAGCCAGCCAUAGCAAAUGUUUUGUAUAUUGGGGCUACAGACGUUUUCAUACAGCCCAGUACUUCUUGUGUUGUCUUUUUGGAUCUAAUUAUUUAUUUUAUUUUACUUUGAAAUAAACUUUGGAAGAAA